AUGGAAGAAAACCAUUCUAAAAACUAAAAGAGCAAACAACAAAGUAGCAAUUAAAUAAAUAGCAUAAUUAAUAAUUUUCAUUAAUUACCUCAUCAAGAUCAGAAAAAUAAUAUAAGUCUAAAAUAAAUCUAUGUUGAUCAAGGAAGGCACUCAUCAAAUCUAAAUUCUCCUAAGAUUUAAAAGGAAUAUAAAAUGAUAGAUAAUGAAGAAAAUUACGUAAGCGUGAUAAGCUUGAAUGAAAGAUAGGACUUAAGCGAUAUUAGUUAAUAUUUAACUAGAUCUUAAUAGGAUCUCUUUUAUUAUACCAGCGAUAGAACUGCUGUUAGUGGUAUUUAACCUCUAAAUUCUACUAUUUAUCCUAAAAUCAAUCUUUAUGGAAAACAAGAAGAAAAUUCAAAAUUUGAACACUUUAAUGAUGAAUAAAUAAGUGUUAGAUAGUCAUUUUUUCAAAAUGCUGAUAACAAGGAUGUAUAAAACCGUUUAUCAAUAUCUUUUGGUGCAAAUUCUGAAGUUUAAAAUGAAAAUUUUAAUAAUACAGAAAAGAGGCUUAGUAAGUCUAAAAAGAAUAAUCCUUCUUUUAAUAGUGAUAAGAAAAACGAUAGAAGAAGAAGUAGCAACUUGUAGUUACAGUAACAAAUGCUUAAAUUUGAAUAGUCGUUACAAAAAAUAAUCUAAGACAAAAGCAAUAAGUAAAUAGAGCUUAAAGACGAUGAAGUUUCAAGAGAGGUAAGUGAUUUAGAAAUGUCAUAAAGAUUAUAAAAAAAAACAACUUUGCAAUAAAGUUAAGAUAGUGCAUAAAAUGGUGAUUUACAUUAGAAUACACUGAAUAUUUAAAAACUUAAAAAGAAAGAGGAAAAAAUGAGGAAUCAAUUUGUAAUAAGAGUGAAACAUUUUUAGAGAUUCUUAAAAAACAUGAAAAAUCUAUCACAAUCCUUUAAAUUUAGAACUAUGUCUUUGGACUAAAAAUAAAAAUUCAACGAUUUAUCCUUUUUUUAAUCUAAAAAGAAGUAACUAACUAUGGCUAUUGAUGGUUAACAAAUAAUUUCUAAAGCAUUCAGUAAAGUAUUUUCUAAAUUGAUUAAUUUUAUUCCUGUUUUUAAUCCUUUAAAUUCGGCUAUUAUAAUCUUUGAGUUAGUUGUGAUAGUUAUUUUGGUAACUUAAAUGUUAGUUCUACCUCUUGCAGAUUCCUUUGAUAUUGAUUUUUUUGAAAUAAGGGUUUGCUAGAUAAUAUUCUAUACAAUCCCUGCUAUUAUAUUCACAGUUGCAGUAUUUAUUAAAUUAAAUACAGGGUUUUUCAAAGAGAAUAUCGUAGUCAGUAACAGAAAAAAAAUUCUCCGCAAUUACUAUAAAACUGGUGGACUUGUUAUUGAUAUUAUUACAAUUUUUUCAAUUAUAAUAACUUAAUUUACCUAAAACUCUUAUGUUUAUAUAUUUUUUUUGAUAAGACUUUAUCAAAUAUAAAAUUCACUCUCAAAGGUUGACACCAAAUUCUCUUUAUCUUAAAGAGUACCCCACAGCUUUGAAAUUCUAAAGCUGGUUUUUCUAGUUCUGAUGCUCGCCCACAUGAAUGGUUGCAUCUUUAAUUAUGUAGCAAAGAAUUUAGAUGAGAGUUGGAUUACGAAAAAUAACUUAAAAAAUUCUGAUUGGUAUGUUAGAUAUAUUAAUAGUGUAUAUUUUUCUUUUAUUACAAUGGUCACAGUAGGCUAUGGUGACAUAACACCUGUUUCCCUUUAAGAAAAAGUGUUUGUAAUAUUUAUGGUUGUUUACAGUUGUGGAGCCUUUGGCUAUAUUGUGAGUAGUAUAGGAAAUAUUUUCACUGAAAGAGCAUAAAUUAAAGCAAAAUAUAAGAGCUAAUUAGUAGAUAUCAUACAUUAUAUGAGGACAAGAAAUAUUGAUUAGGCCAUUCAAUCAUAAGUAUUUCAGUAUUUGCAUUACUUAGAGUAAAUGGACCAUUACAAUCAUUAAAAAGGCGAAUAGAUAGUUUAAAAGCUUUCACCUUAUCUGCAAUCAUAAAUUAAUAUGAAUUCUUACUAUCCCUUUUUGAAUAAAACUAAUAUUUUUAAAUUAAAUUUCAAGAAUUCAAUUCUAGUCAAUUCAUCUCUUAAAAUGAAGGAGCUUACCUUUGGACCUGGUCAAAUAAUUUUCAAUGAAAACGAUUGUGAUAAUAGAAUAUUUUACAUCUUAAAAGGAGAAGUGCAGUUGAGCUAUAAUAAUCACAACAUUUGUGUAAAAGAUGAAAAUGACAAUUGCUUUGGGAUAAGUGAAUUUUUUAGUGGCGAAGCUAGAAGUUUAUAAGCGAAAAGUAAAACGGUUUCCCAAAUUUUGUACUUGGAGUUGAAUCAAUUCAUAGAAGUUUUAAAAGAAGACCCUUUAGAAUAUGAGAAAUUUUGCUGCAUAAAAGAAUAAAUAACUGAGAGCAGGACUGUAGUUGACUAAGCCUGCUAUUUUUGCAAGUAAUUUAAUCAUGCUUAUGAUAAAUGCCCUUUUUUUACUAUUAAAAACUAAAGAUAACUAUUUAUUGAAAGGAGUAAGAUAAGUAUAAAUUAAACAAGAUAAUAGCAUUAUAGAAAAAAGAAAUUAAAAUUUAGCAGUGUUGUAGAGAAUGGUCAAGUAAGAUUACACUUAAAAGCUAUCAGAUUAAAUUAUAUAAAUAAUUAAGUUAUUGAUAAGCAUUAAAUGAUUUAGCUUGUUGCUAAUACUAUUUAAAUGGAAACAGAUUUUGAUUUUUAUAAAAAAUAUGAUGCAUUCUAUUUAAAAUGCAUUGAUGAUUAGGAAUUUUAAACUGUCCUAGUACCUUUUGAUAAAAUAUUUGAAGAAUUUUAUACAGAGGAUGAAAGCUGCGAUGAUGAAUAAGAAGUUAAUGAUAAUCUAAAUCCUGGCACUAAUAUGUAAAAGAAAUUAAGUAGAAGCUCAAUUUAAGGUAGUGAUAAUUUUUUAGAAGAGCAAAAAAUUUCAUCGCAGACUUCAAUUGUUUCUUCUCCUAAUUAACAGCCUAAGAAAAGUUUGCAUCAAAUAACAUAAAUGGUAACUUAGAAUAGCUCAAACAUUAAUUCAAACAGCACUGUUAUGAAUGACAAAGCAUCCAUUUUUAAAGAUACUAUCACUACAAUGAUGAGUAAAAAAACAACCUUUCCUAGGUAGUAAACUACAAAAAGACUCUCAAAUUUAUCACACUGUUAAAACCAAAAUACAAGUAGAUCAUCUUAAAAAAUAUAAGAUGAUAACUUGCUGAAAUAUAUCAUUAACUUGAUAUCAUAAUCUUAAGCAAAAAAUGGAGAAUAUUAAGUUGAAAUGCAAUCUUAAAUCCAAGGUGAUGAUUUUUUUAUCAUUCCUGAUUUUGAUAAAAUGCAUGAAUUUAUUCGCUUUUUUCCAAAAAAUAACUAUUCAUAUGUCAUAGAAUAAUACAAUAAGCAGACUGUAAAAAAGUAAAGAGUCAUAAUCAAAAGAAGGAAAAGAUCAAUUAAAAAAAAUACAAUCAUACAAUCUCCUGGUAUGAGGAAAAAUAGAUCAUAAAACAGGUAAAAUACUGUCUCAAAUAAUCUGCAAAAUCAGUCUUUUUCUUCUAUAAUCGUAAACGAUUAAUAAUCGAUCUCAUACGUUUAGAAUAAUAAUUAAAUGUUAAAUUCUGUAGAUUUUUCAAACUAGGCUUCUGAAAAGCAAAGUGAAAGUAAAUUUUCUUAUUACAAAUAACCAGAAAUGCCUAAAUCUAGUUUCUUCAAGCAAUAAUAAUGA